GAAGUGACGUCUUGGGUGAUGGAGGGCAGGAAGUGUGGGAUACGGAGCUAGCGGUGCUGGGGAAGCAAGGGGAGUAACUACUGUCGGGUUUUACACCGGGGGCUAAAGGGUUUCGGGAAGACCCGGGAUUUGGCAAAGCCACACACGGCGCUUCGAGCUUUAUUUGGGAUCGGGGUUUCCGGUUUGGAGGUUAAAGGUCACAGGAAGCUCCACGUGCGUUAGUGAAGAUGUCUUCUAAGGCGAUUGCCCGUUCUCAGCAACGCAGGAAAAGAAAAAUGAAAACCGUCGCCGUGGACGACGAGGUUCUGAUGCAGGAGGAGCAGCUGAGGGCGAAGCAUUUGAAGAAACUGGCAGAGAAACCGGAUACUGAAAAAUGUUUGGAAGAAUUGGUUUUUGGAGGAGAAGACGAGUUUGUGGAGAAUCUUAUCGUUGGCACAAAAGAAACAGAGGAGGCUCUUGGGAUCCAGCCCAGCAGUGAUUCCGAUGAUGACCAUCCUAAAAGCGACUCGCUGGCAGCAAGGAAGCCCGUUUGGGAGGAUGACGACGAUCUACUUGAAGAAAGUAUCGAAAUGACUCACCGCUAUCGCCGAGACAUCAGGAAAAGUAGAGAGGAGAAGACGCUCGGCAAAGAAAAACUUCAAAUCAGACUGCAGGAAGAAUUCCAGAAAGCAAUGGGGGGAGUCCCAUCGUGGGCUGCCAGAGACCAUAAAAAGAGAGACUCAGAUGAAGACGAUGAGGAUGAGAGCAGCGAUGAAGAAAACGAGGAUAAUUUGUUGAGCAAGACGGGCAAUUUACUGACAAAAUCAAGCUCCCUACCUAAGGGUAUCUUGGCGGUGAAGAGGUGCUUGAAUGCCAAUCACGAAAGGCUAUCGAAAGUCCCGCUCUCGACCGUGCAGUUCCACCCGCUGGCGCAAGUCGUAAUGACGGCGGGAGUUGACUGCACAAUAUCUCUGUUCCAGGUGGACGGAAAGUUAAAUCCAAAGAUUCAAAGCAUUUAUCUGGAAAGCUUUCCAAUUUUUAAGGCACAGUUCAGUGCAGACGGCGAGCAAGUAGUAGCCACAGGCAUGCGUCACAAGUUGUUUUAUGUGUACGACAUGAUGGGUGGAAACAUUAUCCCGAUUCCCAGCAUAAGAGGUUUGAACGACAAGCGUUUCCAGCAGUUUGAAGUGUCUCCCGACGGGUCGUAUCUGCUCCUUAACGGAUCGGCUGGAUUCUUACACUUGCUUUCUAUGAAGACAAAAGAGCUGAUUGGAAGUAUGAAGAUGAACGGCAAGUCCGUCAAAGCAGCAUUUACUCCGGACUGCAGUAAAAUAAUCUCAAAUUCAGAUGACGGCUGUGUGUACAUUUGGGAUGUGAAUAGCAGGAAAUGUCUGAACAAGUUUGUGGACGAUGGAAGCAUACGAGGGACGACCAUUGCUCUGUCCGGAGACGGGCGCUACCUGGCGUGCGGGUCAAACACCGGAGUUGUGAAUAUAUAUAAUUCCGAAGACUGUCUACAGACUACAGCUCCCAAACCACUGAAGACGGUAAUGAAUUUAGUGACCUCGGCUUCGACGAUGGUCUUCAACUCAAAAACCGAAAUCCUCGCCGUGGCGUCCAACAAGAUGGACGACGCCGUAAAAUUGAUUCAUAUCCCAUCGUGGAGCGUGUUCUCUAACUUCCCGCAGCAAAGCAAACGGAAGAGAAUCCACCUGACCCGCUCCAUGGACUUCUCCCCGCGCAGCGGCUUCUUCUCCAUCGCAAACAACAGAGGGGAAGCGUUAUUAUACAGGUUAAAGCAUUAUACGGAUUUCUAAACCGUGACAAUCAAAUUCGUACGUUCCAUUGCCCGUUCCAACUGGACGAAGAAGCCGCUUCUGCACCGAGGCCGCCUGACGUCUCUCCUUUUGUAAAUGUUAUCAUUUUUUUUAAUUAUGAUUUUUCAUCAGUUCUCUGGUUAAGUCUAAAAAUAAAUAUAUUGUAACAUUUUA